AACAGUGCCAAGAAAUCACCCCAACCCAGACCACCCAGCUCUUGGUCUUGGCCCCUGGGCCCUGAGUGGCACAGCUUGCCAGGCUACCGUGUUUCAUGGAUGCACAUUCUAAUACCAUCUGCCCUGACCCUCCUCUGCUGGGGUCUCAGGUCAUUCCACAGCUGGGCUAAGACUCCCUUUAAACACACUGGCCCUGCAAACCCCAGCUGUCCCUGCCCCCAUUUUUACUGUGGCUGGACCCCUCUUACCCUUCUCCCUGGGCCAGUGUCUUCCUCUAAGGGGGUCCUUCCACUCCAUGUCUCCCCUAGGUCUACCACCCACUUCCUACAGCUGCUCCCCCAACCUGGAACGGGGUCUGCCUGACUUUCCAACCUAUGCUCCACGAGAUGCCGUGGUCUCAAAAGCAAGUCGGCCUCAGACUGGUUGCCCAUUGAUGUGUGGAGUCCGAGCCUCACCCCCUGGAGGUUCUGACUCAGCAGAGCAGGGUGAGCAUGCCAAUCGGCAUGUCUCAUAAGUACCGUCCAGCCCCCUCCGCCCCUCUGCUGGCAGUGGCUGAGGCAGGUGGGCCAGCUGGAGAAUACCACGCUUCUGCCUUCCUGCCCUCCACAAGCAGCAGCCGCUCUUCGUGUGGACUUCCCGCACCCACCAGGCUCCCAGCCUGGCCAGAGUCUCCCUCCAGCUUAGGGGCUCUCAGGCCCUGGGAGGUCCAGCGCCUCCUUCCUGUCGUGGGACCUGACGUGGAGAUUUACUGACUACUCCGUAAUGAAGGAAUGACAGAGGCGAGGGGGAGAGAGAAGCUCAGCAUUUGGGGGUGUCUUGCCCACUUGGGAGAUAAAGGAACAAGGUUAAAGUCUUAGAAGCUCUUCACUGAAAACCCUAAUAAAGAGAGAUGCAGAAGCUUCCAGAUUAAAUAACAGUCAUUUACUGAGGGCCUUGCUGGCUCCAGAAGGAAUAUGUGACCUCAGAUAUAUGAACACCCACCUGGGGGCAAUUUGUAUCCACUUUUCUAACUUUUAGCAGCUUGGUGAGGUAAGGAUUAUUUCCAUUCUGCAAGAGGGUCGGGGAGGUGUCACGUGAACCCACAGCAUCUUAUGAGGAUUCAAACCCAGGCCUGGAAGCCUGGGCUUUUGUUCUCAGUCAGAUUGUCCCACUACCCCUGCUUCUGCCCACUCGUCCAAAACAGCUCUCUCUUCAGCUGCCUGAAGGACCUUGUGGUUUCCUUAUUACGCCACCCGUUCAGUCACAAUUGGGCUGAGAGCGGAGCGUGGCUCGGCCCGCCAGGUCCCCAGGGCAUCCCUGCCAGCCCAGCCCAGGCCGGCCUGGCCUAACCACACACACACCAUGAAGUACCCUCUGGUGCCGCUGGUGAACGAGCUGACGUUUUCUUUCCUGGUGUUCUGGCUCUGUCUGCCCGUGGCUUUGCUGUUGUUCUUGCUGAUCGUCUGGCUACACUUCUUACUCAGCCAAGAUUCAGAGGAAAAUGACUCAGAUAUUUGCUUUGAUUGGGAGCCCUGGAGCAAAGGCCCCGCCAAGUUUUGCCAGAAGACACGCCAUAGCCAAGAGGAGGAGAGGCCCUGCUAG